UUGUACUUUUUUUACUCCUUUUGGAUCUUUUCUGUCUUUUUAAUGUGGUUCUGUAUCUCUUUGUAGUUGGUUUCCACCUAUUUUUCUUAUUUUGUGCUUUUUGUAGUUGUUUUGUAAACAUUUGAUUUAACUUUUAACAGAAAGCAGGUUUAUACUGUCCCACAGUAAUUAAAAACAACAAAUUUUUAUAUGCAUGCUGGCACGUUUGCUCAAAAGUCCAUAAGUGGUUGCUUCCAGAAAAUGCGUGAUUUUGUUUCCGAGGUGCGUUUGAAGGCAUCAUAGGUCGUUUAUGGGUCAGCGAACUUUUCAGGACUUCGUCUAUUUCCCCCUUGUAUCUUGAGCAGGUUAUUAUUACCAAAAUGAAAACAUUCAGUAUAUUUGACGGAAUUCUUUCAUUGCAUUCACUUUAAAAAACUAAAGUUAUCUGGUGGCUGAGCCCCCACUCUGUUCCGUGGUUCGCUCCCCCUAGCGGCAGAGUUGGCCGCCGUGAGCGUCACAGCGCCGGUGUCGUCCUCCAGUCAGAGUGAAAGUUAGCUCCGCUAGGGAACAGCAGGGGUUCGGGACUUGCUAGUUUCCACCGCCGCUGCUUCAACGCUUUCUCCUGGAGACAUGAGGCGGAAAGAGAAGAGGCUCCUGCAGUUGGCCGGGCUGUUCAUAGCGGCCAUUCUUUUCUUCCCAAACGUCGGGCUGUGGUCUUUGUACAAGGACCGAGUGUUCGACAACUCGCUUGACACGGCGGAGCGUCCUAACGGCAUCCACGCGAUACAGGGGGUUAACAGGGUGGGAAAGGACGCUCAUGUGGGAAGUGAUGGUGUACGGAGGAAGGACUGGCACGACUACGACGCAAUCAAAAGAGACUCCUCUCGAUCUGGUAAUGGCGAACAGGGGAAGGCGUUCCCCCUGACAGAUGCUGACCGGGUCGACCAGGCCUACAGGGAGAACGGCUUCAACAUUUACGUCAGUGAUCGAAUCUCCCUCAACCGCUCCCUCCCUGAUAUCCGCCAUCCGAACUGUAAACACAAGCUGUAUGCAGAGAAGCUGCCCAACACCAGCAUCAUCAUCCCAUUCCACAACGAGGGCUGGUCGUCGCUGCUGAGGACUGUGCACAGUGUGCUCAACCGCUCUCCCCCGCAGCUCAUCGCAGAACUCAUCCUGGUGGACGACUUCAGCGACAAAGAGCACCUGAAGGUGGCACUAGAGGAGUACAUGGCGCGGUUGCCAAAAGUUCGCAUCUUGAGGACUAAGAAGAGGGAGGGGCUGAUCAGGACGCGCCUGCUGGGAGCUGACGCCGCUAAAGGAGAAGUCAUCACCUUCCUGGACUCCCACUGUGAGUCCAACGUCAACUGGCUGCCUCCGCUGCUGGAUCGAAUCGCCCAGAACAGGAAGACCAUUGUGUGCCCGAUGAUCGACGUGAUCGAUCAUGACAACUUUGGUUAUGAGACACAGGCAGGGGACGCCAUGCGAGGGGCGUUUGACUGGGAAAUGUACUACAAACGAAUCCCCAUCCCUUCGGAGCUGCAGAAGGAUGACCCCAGUGAACCCUUUGAGUCACCGGUGAUGGCAGGUGGCCUGUUUGCUGUGGACAGGAAGUGGUUCUGGGAGCUGGGAGGAUACGACACGGGUCUGGAGAUCUGGGGAGGAGAGCAGUACGAGAUCUCCUUUAAGGUGUGGAUGUGUGGCGGUCGGAUGGAGGACAUCCCUUGCUCCAGGGUAGGACACAUCUACAGGAAGUAUGUCCCCUACAAAGUUCCUGGUGGGGUCAGCUUGGCCAGGAACCUGAAGCGUGUGGCAGAGGUGUGGAUGGACGAAUACGCUGAAUACGUCUACCAGCGUCGGCCCGAGUACCGCCACCUGUCGGCAGGAGACAUGACUGCGCAGAAGGAGCUGAGGAACGGGCUCGGCUGCAAAAGCUUCAAGUGGUUCAUGAGUGAGGUGGCCUGGGAUCUGCCAAAACACUACCCACCAGUGGAGCCUCCUGCUGCUGCGUGGGGAGAGAUUCGUAACGUGGGCAGCAACAUGUGCAUGGAGAGUAAACACUUUGUGUCAGGGAGCCCCAUCCGACUGGAGAGCUGUGUGAAGGGACGGGGCGAGGUGAGCUGGAGCCAUGGACAGGUGUUCACAUUUGGCUGGAGGGAGGACAUCCGGGUGGGCGACCCCAUGCACACUAAAAAAGUUUGCUUUGACGCCAUCUCCCACAGCAGCCCCGUCACCCUGUAUGACUGUCACGGCAUGAAGGGCAACCAGCUGUGGCGCUACAGAGAGGAUAAGAGCUUGUACCACCUGGUCAGUAACAGCUGCAUCGACAGUAGCGCGAGCGAGCGGCGAAUCUUCAUGAACACGUGUGACCCCUCCUCUCCCAGCCAGCAGUGGCUGUUUGAGAGAACCAACUCCACCGUACUGGAGCACUUCAACCGGGGCACCAACUGAGGCCCCGUGGCAUCUAAGAGAAAAGACUCCUGAUGCACACAGACGUGCAUCUGCCGCUGCUGCGAAAUGGGGUUUUCCCCUGGUUCCACGUUUACCUGUCGCCAGCGAGACAGCUGUUUCUGUCUGGGGUGCUCAGAGUGAGGCAGGAUGGGAUACGGUGGGGGGAGUUGGUGAAACAUAUCCUUGAGAGGAAAGACUGAUGGAUGGGUUUGUGUUUCAGAGUGACUGUGUGAGAUGUAUUUGUUCUGUCACUGCAGUGUGUGGCAGCGGGUCUGUCUACUUCCUGAUGUUGAUUGGUUAUUUGAUUGAUUUUCAUUCCUUUUGUCUAUUUCAAAUUUUCUCUGCCCCUAUCUGUCGACUUUCAUUCCCACAGUACUCCCUGGUACAGUUUCUCUCUCUGUCUACCUCCAUCUUCUGUCUCCACCUCCCCCUCCUGUUUCUCCUGGUCUGCUUCUGCCUGUACAUCCGUCUCUUUCUGCCUGCAUGACUGCAUCUUUGGCCACCUUCUCCAUUCUCCUUCUCAGAUCGCCUUAUGUUUCUCCAGCUCUGACAGCCUCCCUGGGGGGACUCCAACUGAGCCAAGUCAUCCUGACGCUUGGGUGAAGUCAGGCGGAACCACUCUGAAAAUCACCUGGUGAAUUGAUUUUCCUUUACAACCUUCAUCCAGCCUCUGUUCCCUCCCUCAUUUUCCCCUUGCUCAUGUCUCUCAGCCCCAGUGGGCUUGUAGUCUCCUGGUUCCUUCUCCUCCUCUCUGUGGUCGAUGUGGUCAGAGGUGCUGUGAAUUUACCAGGUGGAAGGUGACAAAGUGUGAAGGAAGGAGACAACCACUUUUUGCAUGCUCCUUGCUCCCUUUCCUGCCAUUUCUCUCCUUUCUUCGCUGCAUUUAGUGAUGACUUGUUCGCUGGUUUGUCACUGUGCUGUGUUCUUCUAUUUGUCAGAGAUGAGUGUUCCUAAUGCCAGGGUCUGUGCAGUCCAGCUUCUACUGGCUAAGGGUUUUUGUUGUUAUGGUAGUUGUGGUGGGGGCAGAAGCAGCUGCCACACCUCUGAGUCUCCCCCUGCUUUCUGUACACCCUUUGCUGCUUCCCAAUCAGUUUCUGGCCACAGAUGGCCGAGCGUGGGGUCACAUCACGAUGUGGAGCAGCGGGCAGGACAACAGACUGACGCCUGCUGGCCUUACUGCCUGCCUGGCUGGGUGACUGGUUGACUUCCUCUGUGACUGGCAGGGCAGCUGAAUCACAGCAGAGCCGCCUUAUUGACCGGGUGCCGAGCUGACACAUCACUUUAGUGUAUAGUGUGAGCAGGAGGAGAGAGCAGGGACAGGCUCGCUGCGGUAGCUCUGGGGCUGAGAUGAAGGUGGGGGUUUUAAAAGCAUUAAGCACUUGUGUAAUGAUAAACUUGAAUGAAAUCUUAGUGCCUUUUGGGAGAGGACUAGAUGUCAGAGUGUGUAUUUGCAGAAAGUGUGUGUGGUCCAGAAUGUCCAGAGGAGCGUAGGGAACAAUUCAGGAAGUGAUUGGAAAAACGGGGAAUAUUUUUUCCAACAGUGGAUUCUCUGUAGUCUCAUUUGGAAUCGAACGCGAUAUGACCUGGACACUGAAGGCAGCGCUGACUUUGUGACUCAUGCAUGACCUUCUGAAGCAACACACAGAACUGCUGGCUGUGAACAGAGAUAACCAGAUUUUGUCCACCAUAUGCUCUCCUGACCUUUUCCCACCUGUUCAAUCCAAAGUGUUUUUAUGGGAAUUUUUUAAAUCUUUUGUUUCGAUCCUGUGAUUCAGCUGACGAUUUAGUUUGAACUACUGUUUAACAUGAUGUUCUGGUCUGUCGCCUGCACCCACUCUCUGAUCUGGUUUUGUGAAGCAGAACAGUGUACAGUGUCAUUUUCAUCAUCCGAUCCAGGUGUUAUGUUCUGGUGGAGCUUAAUAUUCAGUUGCAGACUAAAACAAAAGGUUGUUUGCACUGAGUACCUUUGAGCAUGCAGACUGAGACCUUUCCAGAUGUUCUACACGAACAUGUAACAGCAGGAAACAGAUGUGUUGUCAGAAAAUCUGGAUUGUACAGUUUAUCAUUAUCACUUUAAACCUCCAUGUGUUGAGGCCGAACUAUCGCUGUUCAUCACUGAUAAACAGUUCCAGACUUUGCUUCAUAACCCUGAGUUGUUCCCACAUGUGGAGAUCAGAGAUGGCAAACAGCAGCACUGUUGCUGUGGCAAUGUUUUUGUUCUGCUGUUUCUAACUGUUGACUACAAGGACUUUCCAGCAUAGUCGAAUAAUAAUUUACCCUUAAGACUCAAUAUUUUGGCUACCAUGAGACUAUUGAACACUGAAAAUGGAAAAUGCUACGUGAUACUAUCUUAUCAUGUGUGUCCAAACAUCACAACCAUCAGUUAAAAAUGUAUCAAAAAUAGAAAUGUGUAUUAUUAUAAAAACAAAUCCACUGCUUAUUUGAAGAAGGAAUCCACUGGAAACCCCUCCAAGCAAGACUCAGUGCAUGCUGGUCUAGUGGGUUUAUGGCUGGUACUAGUGGGUUUAUGGCUGGUACAGGCCUAAUCUCAACAAAAUGCACUUUCAGAUUAAAAGCUAGAAACUUUUGUCUUUUUCACACAGUUUCCCUGUGUUUUACAUACAUCGACUGCACUCAGAGCAGAGAGCUUUAAAUUUAGUUUAGGUUUCUUUGUGUCAUUUUCCUCCUGACCUUCAAGCUACACACCUGGACAACAUUGACACACUGUUGGAGGCGCCUGCUGCCUCACAUUCACUGUGUUAGCCAGGUCUCCAUACAGGACCAAACACACAUCUGACCUUUGUGUACACCCUGACUCAAGGCUUCUUCUUUUCUUUGACACAAUCACGGUGAUGGUGUUUUAAAAGCAAUUCCCGUUUGAAUCAGUAGUGUGAUCUGGGCUGUUCAGUCAUGUGAAGGACUGUUAAAUAUGACUUGUGGGUAAAGUUGUGUAGAGGGAUACACGAGGCAACUUUCUGGGCUGAAAUGAGACACUGGUUCAAAUGUAAAUAGCUUUGGUUGAGAGAUGAAGUCUCUCUUCCUGUUUUUAUUUUGCCAUGUCCCUCCUGCAGAACAGUUUGGAAACAUCUGGUUGGCCCUAACUCACUGAACUCAGCAUUUGAGCCGCUCUUAAACCUGCAAGUUUAGUUUUAUGACACUUUGACUAUUUGCUUCAGUCUGUGCUGAGUCUGACUUCAGCAGUACUCAGCUGUUUUCACAAAAUAAAGUCUGGUAAUAGCAACAGUAACUUUACUCCAACAGGUGACAGUGUCAAGGCUGUGCCUGCCAGCUUGUCGUAAAGUGAACAAAAAAAAAAAUCAUUAGUUCAGCUUUAAGCACUAGCUGACUAAGGUGUAGCAGUACCUACUUUUGGCUGAGCUCACUAUCUGCAGACUUUGUGACCAUACUGUUAGUGUGUUAAUCCCCCAACUCUCACGUCCUCGGGCUGGUUUUCAGUCAGUGCAGCUGUCUCUGUUUGAAUUCACCCAUGGGCAGAGCCAAGGGGUGCCAGAGUCGAAGUCUGAUGCUUGUCAGUGCUAAUUAAAGAAGAAUGAAAAUGCCUUAAAUAUAACUAACAUUUUUCUGGUGCUUUGUAAUUGAUAUUGAUCAAAUUAGUUUGAUUUUGUAUCCGGCAUGGAGCAUGAUAUUUGCAUUCAUGUCUCAGAUUGCAUUGAUGUGGGGUACAUAGUUUGAUUUGCCUUGGUGGAGGGGGGACCACUGUGCAUCAGCGAUGUCCCUGGCCAGGAGUGAGAAAGAAGCGCAGCCAAAGUUAACUAAAGAAAGCACUACUGCAUGUGUCUCAUUUUAACACAAAACAAAAAAUUUGAUUAGCAUUAUUAUUCCAUAGAAUUAGGGAUUUAAUUUACUUUUACAUGUGUCUCAAAUGUGCCACCCCUCUCUGACUCUGUGCCCCAGCCUGGCCAACCCUGUCCAAAAUUUUCUAGAUCUGCCCCUGAAUUCAGUAGUGCAGAUGAUGAUAACUGUUCUGUGGGAUGGGACCAUGGGAUCUGGAGCAAACUAGAUGAUGUCAUAGUGUUUUUAAACCUCUGUGCCUUUACACAAAAUCCAUCUUCUGAGCAACGAUGUACAGGAUCAUUCAUUGAGCUUUAGAAAAGAGAGAAAUCUAUUUUCAUUGCAGAAAUGGAACUUUAAUGAGCUCUCUGCAGAAAUUGCCCUUAGCUAUUGAGCAAGAUGUUGCUAACUGUAUCCCCUGAAGUAAAGUCUGAAUUGAACUGAAUAAGCCUGUGAUGAUUUUUCUUUUUCUCAGAGUACAUUGUACUUUUGCAUUGCAUGUUUUUAUUACAUCAAACUGUAACUGGGGUCUAGCGUCAUGGCGACAGUUUACAUUUGCUCUGUCCUGGCUUUCUCCACUGUGGUGCAGUAUUAAAAUCCCCUCAUUACUAAAUUGAUAUCUCCUAAAUACCACAGUGUCCUAAACUAUAGUCUAAGUGUGCAAAAUCCAUAAUACUUUUCCACAGUGAAUGGGAUAAAUGUGUUGCGUUUCAUCGUGAUUUCAAAAUCCUUUUGUUUGUAACAAUUUUCCCCCAUGAUGUAUUUAUUGUUCGUACUAACAUUUCCUGAGCAAUGUAAAGAAAUCUUAUUUUAUAAGAGCAAAGGUUUUUAAUGUCAGCAGCCAGCAUCGGCCAGUCACACUAUGGUGUGUACGUGUGUGCAAAGUGUACAUUUUGUAUCUCAUAAAAUAUUUUUUUCUACUGACAUUGCAACUGUAAAAGUGUAUUUAGAUAUUUAACAGACUACAAUUAAACUGGAAUUGUAUGAUAUUUUUGCUGGCAACUGUAAAAUAAAAAGGUUUCUAUA